CGCCCCGCCAAACCUUAUCAAAAAAAUCAACGGUCUUCCAAGCAAGCAAAGCGACAGAGAAAAAUGUCAAUCUCUCUCUCAUCAUUUCUCAUUCAAUAUCACUCACCACACAAUCAAAUUUGUCUCAGAAAACCCAGGAAAUUUUGCGUCGGAGCUUCCUCCUCAACUGCUCCUGGCAUCGAUCUCACCACUCUCCAAUCCGCCGUUGAAAAGAAAGAUAGUGAUGCAGUUAAAAAGGCACUUGAUCAGUUGAGUGAAAUUGGUUGGGCGAAAAAGUGGAGCUCCCAACCAUAUGUCUCGCGCCGUACGUUAUAGACUGAUAGCCAUGCUGAUUGCUGGCAAUGUACAACUCAAUCACACAGAUUGAUGCACAAUAGUCUCCAACUAAAAAAAACCCAGCUCAUCUAGACGUCUAUACGGGAGCUGACAACCCUUGGAAUAAAAAAUGCUGAGAACCUUGCAAUCCCUAGUGUCAGAAAUGAUGUCUGAUUAUUACCAUAAGAUGCCAAUUUGUGUCUUUGCUUCUCUUCCUUUGCCAUUUCUUAAUAGCAUGGAGGGUUCAGAAUGGAAUGUCACCUGUGCAUUUAUCAUCUCAAGUCCUGGAGUAAAUCAUGGUACUUGUUAAUUAAAUUGAUUUUCUUCAGUGAUGCAGGCAGCUUUUCUCUUUACCGUGGUUGGAACUACAGGGUUUUUGGGAGUUCUAGCAGGUCAACUUCCCGGGGAUUGGGGCUUUUUUGUGCCGUACUUGAUUGGAAGCAUCUCUUUAAUAGUUCUGGCUAUUGGGAGCACUUCCCCGGGGUAUGUAAUCAACGAGCUAUGCUUCCAUACCCUGCAUUAUCAAAUCUUUUGCAUAGCAUGAAAAUAAGGUUGCUUCAGGCUGCUAUUGGUGGAUUUUCUUCAUUUUUUCCUGAUUACCAGGAGAGGAUUGCUAGACAUGAAGCAGCCCACUUUUUAGUUGCCUACUUAAUUGGCCUUCCAAUCCUUGGAUAUUCAUUGGAUAUUGGAAAAGAGCAUGUAAAUCUCAUUGAUAAACGACUAGAAAAGCUUAUUUAUAGUGGCCAGCUCGACACCAAGGAACUAGACAGGUUAGCAGUUGUAGCUAUGGCUGGACUAGCAGCAGAAGGUCUAAAAUACGAUAAAGUUGUCGGCCAAUCUGCUGAUCUUUUUACUCUUCAGAGAUUUAUAAACAGGAGCAAGCCACAGCUGAGCAAAGACCAGCAGCAAAACUUAACCAGAUGGGCAGUUCUCUUUGCUGGAUCACUGCUAAAAAACAAUAGGGUACUUCAUGACACCCUUAUUUCAGCAAUGUCGAAGAAGGCAACAGUGGUCGAAUGCAUAGAAGCAAUUGAGAAGGCCGAGUAAAUCAAUCAAAGGUUGUCAUUUUAUAGCAAGAAAGAUAGUCGAGCAUAAAAUUUGUUCUUUUUCAACUGAUUCGGUCUCUAUGUAUUACACACUCCGUUGUCGGAUUUCUUAUCGGAGAGAGAACAAUAUUCAGAAUUCAGAUGAAUCUGAUAACUUUCAGAAUACCAUUCAAACAGCCAUUUCUAAGAUUUUGUACAGCUUUGGAGGAGUUCCAAGCUAAUUUAGUGAGAAAUUAAUCAAA